CAUGGCUAACGUGUGAGCUAAAAAUCGAACUAGUGCAUACCAAAAGUAUUAUAAUUGCUUAUAUUGUUCGCAAAUGACAUAUUUAUAAAUUUAAAUUAGUUAAUAUUCUAUAUUAUUCAUCCAGAGAAUGACAAACUUUUAAGACUCUGUAUAUAUUGUUCUUAUUUAUCGGCUUGUAAAUAUCGCUAACAGUGAAACCGAAAGUGAUUGCACAACCAACAAUAAUGGCGGAUUCAACAACAGCAGCUAAUGCUGAGAUUUUAAAGAAAUAUGCUGUCAAAGUCGCUGUUUCAAGUGUCAAAGAAAGGACAAAUGCUAUAAGAGAUGUUGUAGAGUUUAUCAAUAAAGGAGCAAUUCCUGAAGGUGCUGUGAAAGGUAUUUUUCGUUAUCUGACCCAAGCAAUAGGAGUGUACAGAGAUGGUCAGUCUAGAAGGGCUGCCCUUGAACUGGUCACUUCUAUUACCAAAUCUCAUUUUGACUCAUCUGUCAAGGCAUUUAUAGGAGCUUUUGAAAAAUUUGCCCAGGAACAAACCAAGCUUGUCAUUUCAAGUCGUAGUUCCUGUGGAGAUGCUUUACUAGUACUGACAUGGAGUUGCAUUCCCUUGCGACAAGCAUUGACAUCACCAAAUGGACUUGCAAGUUCAACCCUGCAACAGUUGGUGAAUCUCCAGUCACUGCUUGUUUAUGGGGCUGUUUCUGGUAACAAUCAAAUCAUUAAAAGUGCCGCUUACCGCAAACUAAGACGAGUAUGGAAAGAGGUACCCAGCUCAUGUGAGAAAUAUGCUGAUGUGCUGGCUCAGUUAGAGCCGUCUUUGUUUAGUUUACCUGUGAUAGGAUUUGUACUCAAGUUUUUAGCAGCUAACAAGCAAUCAGAUGUUAUUCAAAAACACAAGAAUGCUUUCAUAGACUUAUAUAUUAAGCAGGUCAUAGCAGGCAGAUUUGCACCACCAAAAGCAUUGCUUUUAAACAACACAGAACUGUUUAGACACUGCAGCCAUGAAGACUUUAAGGAGCUUGUUUUACCAGCUGUACAGAAAGCAAUGUUGAGAAAUCCUGAGAUCAUUCAAGACACCAUUUGUGAACUUAUUAGUAACAUGAAGCUAGAUUUAAGUCAGUAUGCCAUGGACAUAGUCAAGCUUUUUUCUGGUUCCAUUUCAUCAAAAGAGGAGUCAAACAGAGCUGUGGCUGUGGAAGCUAUAAAAAAUCUGGCACAUCAGUGCAGUGACCCUGGCGCAGUAGAGAAAGUGGCCAACCAUCUGUUCAAAGUGCUUGGAGGUUCUGAAGGGAAAUUAACAUUUGCCGAUCAAAAGAUUAGUGUCCUACAGGGCAUUGGUAACCUGGUCUAUAACACAGUCAGUGGUACAAGUUCUCUUCAGUCCCUGAGCACCACAAUAUCAGAGAUGUUCCUCUCCACAUUGCAGCAGGAAGUGCAUGAAGGCACUCUGAUACACACUUUGUCUAUGUUGAGCCUUUGGUGUGGCAAGUUUUACACAGAUAUUCCUGACAAACUACUACUGUGGUUCCCGAAAGGCCUAGCAUUAAAAACAUCAACCUCAGGUGUGAGAAAUGCCUAUAUUAGGUGCAUGAAUGCUGCUUUUCAUGGUGACACUUUGCAAAAAGCUUCUCAGGUGCUGCCCCUGCUACUGCAGACACUGGACAAGGCAGAGAAGCAGCCAACACUCCCCCAGCUGGUGUCUGAAGCUAUCAGUGCCUCCUGUCUCCUGGUCAAGAUUGCUUUGGUUGACAUACAGUCAGAAUCCAAAUUAGGACCUUUUUGGACCAUGAUUUUAGACAGCAAAAAACAGUACCUUGUGAAUGAGAAGUUUUUAGCCUCAGCCUCAGAAGAAACUUUACAGAGUUUAGUGUUUUUACUGGAAAGGUUAAUCCUGGAUUAUCCAUCCAAGAUGACAGAUGAAGUAGCCAGGCCAUAUUACAGGGCUUUAAUUUUCUGUUUGUGUCGACGUUCAUGGGCAGUCAGGCACGCUGCACAAACAUCAACCAAAAAGAUUCUUGCACUGUUAGGUGGGGCCAAGAUAGCCAUAGCACUUAUCCAGGAGUUCCAAAGAGUUCUGGAGUCACAAAAACUUUCAGAACUUCAGAAGUUCCUGGCCAAAGAAGAGGAGUCUACAAAACCUGAGGGCUCAGAGAAUACUGUGGUUACAAAAGUUGUCAACCCUCGAAUCAUAGCCAGCUGUUUGCAGUCUAUUUGUGCUGUAGAAAAUGUGGAUGCUAAGGAUGCUGAGAAAAUAGCCAUGACCACAUUAAUACCAGCCCAUCACCCAUACAUUGUUUAUGUGAAAAAAGAUUUGUGGGUGACCAUUCUACUGGGACUUCACCUUGCACCAAAUGAAUUUGUAAAAACUCACGCUGAGGAAUGUCUAUCCUUAGUCAAAACUGGAGACAAGUUAUCUGAGGCAGAAGCAUCAGCUGUGUCUACACUGGCUCUGAUUAACCCUGGUUGCAUAGUGCCAGAGCUGGUCUCAUAUGUUAACUCUUUACUGGCCAAUCCAGCACUCACACUCAUCACUAAUGAUGACUAUGGUAUUUUCCUGACUCCAGAUGGUGAACUUUAUGACAAGGCAAUCCUUGAUAGUGCAAUGAAAAGUGCAGCUGGAGACCAAAACAUCAGACGAGAAAACAAACUCUACUCAUAUGCUGAUCAGAUGGCUGAGCUGGAAUUGAGAAAGGAAAUUGAGAAAAAGAAAGGUCUAAAACCCCAGGAGGCUCCAAAGCUAUCCAAGAAACAAGAAGAACAAUUGGCCAAUCAGAAGCAGAAGGAAGCUGAGAUCAGAGAGAAGCUUAGAGUGCUGAACAAGGCAGUCCUGUGCUCAUGUACAAUUGUUGAAUCCCUCCUGCUGGUCAUGAAUGAAGAGAUAUCCACCCAUGUGAAGAAUGUGUAUGACAGUGUUGUCCAACUGCUCAAAUCACCACUGGCAGCGCCACCAUGCUGCAACUUGUUUGUCAACAUGGGCAGAGCUGCCUUUGAGGACAAGAGUCUUGGGGACCUGAUAGGCCAUGCCACCCUGCGCCUGCUGCAGCCUGCGUACACCUUGGACAGGGCCUGGCUGGAGGAGAAGCAGCUGACACAAACAGCCAGGGCUAUUGAGAGGCUGUACAAGCUGGUUGUCAUAGAACCAGAGGAUGAAGACGAGGAACUAGAAAUCAAGCCUUUUGCCGCCCCAACGUUUUGCUACAUAUAUUACCUGUUGCGCUCUGUCUUUGAAAAUGGGGGAGUUGUUGUAAAAAGAGAUGUCAACAUCUGCAGACAAGCCUUGACCCUCAUCCGUGACCAUGCCAAGAUGAGGCGGUCAGCAAAGGAUGUUUUAGCUAUUGAUGUGUAUGACCCUGAUCUCCUGCCCAGACAACAGCUGUUUGAAAUCUGCUUGACCGUCAUGGGGACUUUCUCUCAAGAGUUUCAGCAGCUGACGAAUGACACCCUGUUGGAAUUGGCUCGGGCUGUCAAUGGAGAUGAUGGGGCUACAGAAGCGACCCCAGGGGAGGUUGAAGUCUUGCUGAAGGCGCUGCAGGCCCCCAGCAUUGUGGUCAGAGACGUGGCCCUGCAGUGUCUGUCUGAAUUGGCUGAUAUCUUACCUACCAUGGAUGAAAACUAUGAGUUGGGAGUUUCCAUAGCUAAACACAUCUGGAUAGCUUGCAAUGACACUGAAACACCAAUUCAACAGCUGGCUACAAACUUGAGGAAGCAGCUAUGUUUAGAGGAGCCGAGUGAGGAACUCUGUGGCGCUGUAGUCCUGGACACCACCCAUGAUGAAGAGGUUGUACGUGUGGGGGCUUCACUGGCCCUGGCUCAGGUUCUUGCCAAACAUCGGCGUCACAUCCCCACCAUACUCAAGACUUUACUCAACCAGUAUGAGGCCAAGCUCUAUCUACCCCCACCUAAAGUUGAUGAGUUUGGUAGACAAGUUGAGGAGCAGCCCCCUGACAUGUGGCAGUCCCGCUCUGGCAUUGCCCUGGCCAUCAAGCAGAUCUCACCGCUUCUCACGGAGGACCAGAUACCUGAGCUUUUCUCAUUUUUUGUGCCCAAAGCUUUAAGUGACAGGUCACCGGAGGUCAGGUCGGGGAUGAGAGAUGCUGCUCUCUCUGCUAUACAGUCUCAUGGGAAGGAAAAUGUGAACAUCCUUCUCCCUGUGUUUGAAAACUUUAUGGAGAAUGCCCCUGGUACUGCCGACUACGAUCCUGUCCGUCAGAGUAUUGUUAUUUUAAUGGGAAACCUGGCUAGACAUUUAGAUGCUGACAACCCCAAGGUCAAACCGAUAGUAGCUCAGUUGAUAGCAGCCUUGUCUACACCAUCACAAGAGGUCCAAGAGGCUGUUGCCAAUUGUUUGCCUCCCCUGGUCCCCUCUAUCAAGUCUGAUGCACCUGGUCUGGUGUCCAAACUUUUGCAACAUCUGCUGGACUCCAACAACUACGGAGAGAGGAAAGGUGCUGCGUAUGGGCUGGCUGGCCUCAUCAAAGGCAUGGGUAUACUGGCACUGAAGCAACAGAAUGUCAUGGACACAUUGACUGAAGCUAUACAGGACAAGAAGAACCCAAGGAAAAGGGAAGGUGCUUUGCUAGCAUUUGAGAUGUUGUGUAGUAUGCUAGGAAGGUUGUUUGAACCCUACAUUGUCCACAUCAUUCAGCAUUUGUUAUUGUGUUUUGGGGACAGCAAUCAGUAUGUCAGAGAGGCCGCUGAUGAUUGUGCCAAGUCUGUGAUGAGGAAUUUAAGUGCCCAUGGUGUCAAACUAGUGCUGCCAUCACUGCUUAAAGGUCUGGAGGAGGAUGCAUGGAGAACUAAAGCAGGCUCUGUGGAACUGCUGGGUGCUAUGGCAUUCUGUGCCCCUAAACAGCUCUCAGCAUGUCUCCCCAGCAUUGUCCCCAAGCUGACAGAGGUUCUCACAGACUCACACUUGAAGGUCCAGAAAGCUGGGUCUCAAGCUUUGAUGCAGAUUGGAUCUGUCAUCAGAAAUCCUGAAAUUCAAGCUAUUGUUCCCAAUUUGUUGGAAGCCCUACAAGAACCAACUAGAAAAACUACAACUUGCCUAGAGAAGCUGCUGCAGACCAAGUUCGUCCACUUUGUGGAUGCCCCGUCCCUGGCUCUGAUAAUGCCAGUUAUCCAGCGAGCCUUCCAGGACAGAACCACCGACACUCGCAAGAUGGCUGCCCAGAUCAUGGGAAACAUGUACUCUUUGACAGACCAAAAGGACCUGUCACCAUACCUGCCAUCUGUCAUACCUGGACUGAAGCAGUGCUUGCUGGACCCUGUGCCUGAGGUGAGGACUGUGUCUGCCCGUGCCCUGGGUGCUAUGGUGAGGGGCAUGGGAGAGGACACCUUCCAGGACCUGCUGCCGUGGCUGAUGGAGAAACUGGUCUCUGAACAAAGCUCUGUGGACAGGUCUGGUGCUGCUCAAGGUUUGAGUGAGGUCAUUGGUGGAAUGGGAGAGGACAAGCUGAAGAAACUGAUGGGAGACAUCAUCCAAACUGCUGAAAGGUCCGACCUAAUGCCUCAUGUCAGGGAUGGCUACAUCAUGACCUACAUCUACCUACCAUCUGUGUUUGGUUCAACAUUUGUCCAGUACGUUGGCCCAAUCCUGCCAUCUAUUUUACAGGCACUGUCAGAUGAGAAUGAGUUUGUACGUGACACAGCCCUGCGGGCAGGCAAACGUAUCAUCAACCAGUACGCUGAGACAGCCGUGGAGCUGUUGCUGCCAGAACUAGAGAGAGGUCUGUUUGAUGACAAUUGGAGGAUCAGGAACAGCUCAGUCCAGCUUCUGGGUGACCUUCUGUACAAGGUGUCUGGUGUAUCAGGUAAAAUGACCACAGAAACAGCAGAUGAAGAUGAUAACUUUGGCACAGAGACAUCACAUCAGGCUAUCAUGAGAGCUCUGGGUAACGAGCGCCGUAACCGCGUGCUGUCUGGCUUGUACAUGGGACGUUCUGACACGGCGCUGAUGGUCCGUCAAAACGCACUGCACGUCUGGAAGAUCAUUGUGGCUAACACACCUCGCACCCUGAGGGAGAUCCUCCCAACACUGUUCCAACUUUUACUUGGUUGUCUUGCUAGCACUAGUCAUGACAAGAGAACCGUUGCAGCUCGUACUUUGGGAGAUCUUGUGAGAAAACUUGGUGAAAGAGUUCUGCCAGAGAUUAUCCCCAUCCUUGAGAGUGGCCUCGACUCAAAGGAAGCAGAUCAGCGCCAGGGAGUUUGCAUUGGGUUGUCAGAAAUCAUGGCUUCUACCAGCAAGGAUCAUGUGUCUGUCUUUGCUGACAGUCUGAUCCCCACAGUUCGCAGAGCUCUCAUUGACCCCCUGUCAGAUGUGCGUGCUGCUGCUGCCCAUACCUUUGAUAAUCUUCAUCAUAACAUUGGCCAGAGGGCGCUGGAUGAAAUCCUACCCAACCUGCUGAGGAACCUGAAUGAUCCAGAGAUAUCAGAGAGAGCUCUUGAUGGACUGAAACAAGUGAUGACAGUUAAAAGUCGUGUGGUGCUGCCAUAUCUUGUCCCUCAGCUGACAGCAGCCCCUGUCAACACACAAGCCCUGUCACUGCUCUCCUCUGUUGCUGGUGAGGCCCUCACUAAACAUCUGGGCAAAAUUCUACCUGCACUUAUGUCCUCAUUGAGUGAAAGAAUUGGCACACCUGAAGAAGACCAGGAACUUGACUACUGCAAGUCUGUGGUAUUAUCUGUUGAAGAUGAUUUGGGUGUGCGCACUGUGAUGGAAGAUCUUUUGUCAGUGGUGACCCACAACUCAGACGCACCAGUCUCAACUGCUGCUGUCCUCAUCCUGAACAUGUUCUGUGCCAACACCUCAGCUGAUGUUACAGAGUACCUGCCCCAGCUGUUUAGAGGCUUGAUUGGGAUUUUUGCUAGAUCAGAUGAACGCUUGCUCCUGUCAGCUUGGAAUUGUUUGGAUGCCAUCACAAAGAAAAUUGAUAUGACAGAAACAGAAGAACACAUUGUGAGUGUCAGACAAGCUCUCAAGUUUACCCUCUCUGACUUCAAGGAGAAAGAGUUGCCUGGCUUUAGCAUUCCCAAAAAGGGUAUAGCCCCAGUGUUGCCAAUAUUCCGAGAAGGUCUCCUCAAUGGUUCUGCUGAAGUAAAAGAAGCUGCAGCUCUUGGCCUGGGAGAAGUAAUUGCCGUGACAGGGGCGGAGGCCCUCAAGCCAUCAGUGGUCAACAUCACAGGUCCCUUGAUCAGAAUAUUAGGAGACAGAUUUGCUUGGACGCUGAAAGUGGCAGUGCUGGACACACUCUCCAUGUUACUGGUUAAGGUUGGCCCAAUUUUGAAACCAUUUUUGCCCCAACUGCAAACAACAUUUGUGAAAGCCAUCAAUGAUCCCAACCGCACUGUCAGGCUGCGAGCUGCCUCUGCUCUAGGGAAACUGAUACUCAUUCACACCAGGGUUGACUCUCUCUUUAAUGAACUCAUCUCUGGGUUCAAGGCCACAGAGGACAUCAGCAUUAAGGACACUUUUGUUCAGGCUAUCAGAGCCUGUCUUCAAGGUGCAGGGUCAAAGAUUGCUGACCUAGGCCGCAGGCAACUGACCCAAACACUUGUAGGACUUCUUGCUUCCACAGAAGACAGCACACGCAUGACAGCUGCUGGCUGUCUUGGCACCCUGUGUGCAUCACUGCCAGAUGCUGAACUGUCAGAUCUGAUGAUCCAACACCUUCUGGAUACUGAUGCUAGUCUGGACUGGACACUGCGACAUGGUCGUAGCAUGGCCCUUAGCGUUGCCUUAAAAGAUGCACCUGAAAGGAUUUUGAGCUCAAGCCUGCGCAAAGGUGUUGAGUCCACCAUAGGAAAGCUUGUAGCAGCUGAUAGGAUCCCCAUCAGCCUGAGUGGCCUUAGAGCUGUGGGCUACACACUCCAGUACCUGCUACACCACGACACCACUUCUCCCACCAUUGCUGAGUUUGAGUCUUUUCUUAUCAAGAGCAUGAAGGCUGAGUCCAAUGACAUAAAAAUCCUAGUGGCCCAUGUGGUGGCCUACCUGGCUGACCAACAGCCUGGGCGUUUCCCAGGUGACCUCCUGCUGGUGCCAGCCCUGGUCAUGGGCACCAAGGAGAAGAACUCCAUGGUCAAGUCCAGCUGUGAGAGUGCUCUUGUCCAGCUCCUGAAGCUGCGGAGAGGAGAACAGCUGUACCAGGAAAUUCUCUCCACCCUUGACCUGGGCAUGCAGGACUCACUCAAGGAAGUUGUAUCUCGUUCACUCAAGAAAAUGGCGGGCCAGCCCGAAUCCCCUGUUGAUGAGAUAGAUGACACGCUGCUGAGAUAACCUUGUAGACAGCUGCCAUUUUUUGGUUGAUGAGAUUGAUGACACGCUGCUGAGAUAACCUUGUAGACAGCUGCCAAUAUUUGUCGGGCGGAUGAAAACCAUUUCCAUAAAUAUUCCAGUGUAAAAAGUUGACUUAUUCAGAGCUAAAUAUUUGCUACUGAUUCAAUGGGCAAGUCAUACCAGUUUUUUUAAAUUUACGGCAGAUUCAUUUCAGUUUGGUCUGUGAUGGUCAGCUGUAAUUUUCAAGUGAGUAAAUCAUUUUGGUUUGUAAAUAUGUUGUCAGGACAGAAGGACUGUACACAUUAAGUUUAUUCUAGGUGAGAGUGAAAUGGUUUAAGUGUUUUGUUCUGUGGUGGCCAGAUCAUUUUUUUUAAACUAAAAUAUUUUUAAGCAAAGAAGUUUUAAAUAAUCUUUCAAAUAAUAGUGGAUUCUACAAGUAAGGCAUGUAGUGCUGCAAGUUAUGAAAGUUACUUCUUGUACAAAUUUGUACAUUGAUAAUUUUUUAUAAGGGUGAAGCAUCUGUUUUUGUCCCUAGGUCUAGUUUUUUUUAUUUUUGUUCCAUGUUAAAUGGCAAGUUCAAAAUUUCUUCAAUUAGCACAAAUGUAAAUCUUAAGUCUUUGAAGUGGAGGUUAGCUUUACAGCAAGUGUUAACUAAUAUUUGAUAAGACAUGCUGCACUGUUACAGGAAUAAUAAUACUUACUCAAAUAAACUUCAUUAUGUACAUACUACAUUGUUGGUUUCAGAAUGUUUAUUGUGAAAAUAAAAUAAAAAUUAUAUAAUUUGA